AGGUUGGCAUUAUCUAUUUAAUUUGUUUAGCAUUAUACAUUCACAUGCAUGACUUUAUACAUUGGCAUGAUUGCAUUAUAUGAUUACAUGUGAUAUUUAAUGUGGUCUUUUUUUACACUGUAUGGACAUUUUAAUUUAGCAAUUUACUACGUUUCUAUAAGUAAGGUGUGCGGCUAAAUAAAUCGAAAAAUUCUGGAUGGUGGCUCUAGUGAUCCAACCAAUCCAAAACCCACACACAAGCUUAUCAUCAUCUUUCCACCACAAAAAUUCAUUUGCUGCCGGCUACCGGAGGCAGCCAUGGGCCAGCGGCGGCGGAGGCAGGCGCAAUCUCCGGUGUGCCAUCGCGGAGCCGUCGGGGGAGCCAGCGCCGAUGGGGCAGAAGACGAAGUACAACGACGGGAUGCUUGAAAGGGCAUUCAUGACUUUGUUUGCUCGAAAAAUGGAGAAAUUUGGGGGCAGCAAUAAGAAGUGGCGGUCGCCGGAGGAAGAUCGGAGAAAAGGAUGGUUUGGGUAUGAGUACGAAAGCUUCGUGGAGGCGUCGAGCAGAGUGACGGUCGGGAGGAAUCGGGAGCAGCAGCGACAAGUGGUUCGCCAGGUUUUACUGUCCAUGCUUCCUCCUGCUGCUCCCCAGCAGUUUAGGAAGCUGUUCCCGCCAACAAAAUGGGCUGCAGAGUUUAACGCGGCAAUCGCAGUUCCUUUCUUCUACUGGCUAGUUGGACCAUCCAAGGUUGUGGAAGUAGAGUUGAACGGAGUGAAGCAAAAGAGCGGAGUUCAAAUAAAGAAAUGCAGGUACCUAGAGAACAGUGGAUGUGUAGGAAUGUGUGUUAACAUGUGCAAAUUACCUACACAAGACUUUUUCACUAAAGAGUUUGGACUUCCCUUAACUAUGAAUCCGAAUUUUGAAGAUAUGAGUUGUGAAAUGGUGUUCGGCCAAGAACCACCACCUUUUGAACAAGAUCUGGUCGCUAAACAACCGUGUUUGGCUGGCAUUUGUUCUAUGGCGAACCCGAGCUCAGAUGUUUGCCAUAAACUACAAGUCUAGAACUGCAACUCCUGCUCCCUGCAAUCUUGCAUUUGUGCUUGCCACUCAUACUCCAGAAAUUUACACUUUUGGAAUUGUAGUUGUACAAACCCAUUUUUUUUUUUAGUUUGGCCAUUGGGUAUGGUUCAUGCCAUCCCCUAUCCCUCUACUUCCAACUCAGCAACACGUCUACUUUUCCUUUUACUUUCCUUUAUGUUCUCCUUUUAGGAAUGUAGUUUCCUUUCUCUUCACCUUUUCUUUUCAUUUUUUUAAUAUUAUUUUUAACUGUUAAUUUAAUUCAAAUCACUUGAAUUUCAUUCAAUUCAGUAAAGUUAAAAUCUCAAG